AGACCCAGCACUAGCCGUCUAAGUGAAUUUAUUAGCCGGAGUAGGAGAGUGUGGCUGCGGAGUGUGUAGAAAGGAGGCGGACAAGACCGUGAGAGCACCCAAAAGACAAGGACAAGGAGAGCCAUUUCACUUCUUAACUCGGUUUCUUUCUCUUCAAAACCCUACCUCAAAUAUCUCUUCUUGGGCUUUUUAUUAUCAACUUAUAAUUCACACAGAACCGCAAGCAACAGGAGCCUCACUGUCUUUCCUCUUUCUGUCUGUCUUUCCUCGGAAAAUCAGCACCACAUAUCUCCCCAUGGAAACUUAUGAAGCAACAAACAUACUGUUGUCCAAGAUCAAGAAUAUAGACCCAGAAAACGCUUCCAAAAUCAUGGGUUACAUCCUCAUACAAGACUUUGCUGACAAAGAUUUGUUUUCUUUAGCUUCUGCCUCCGAAACCCUUUUGCAAAACGUGGUUGCUAAAGCCAAAACCCACUUGGGACUUUCAACGAACGCAUUAUCCACACUUUCUGCACCAUCCUCUCCUUUGCCUCUUAAUCCUAUAUCAAGACCUAGCUACAACCAUAACCCAUUUUCACAAUCUUCUGCUAAAGCUAAUCCUUUUGUGGAUUUUACGAAAAACCCAUGUCCACAUUCAUGGCCUGCUUCAAUCUUGACAAAUAACAGUACUGCCGCCUCUAUUAGCCCAAAGUCAAGCCCUUUUUUGUCUUACGAUAAUAUACGUGCCGGUUUUGCUUUGGUGCCUCCAUUUUCCAAGAAUGGUGGUAAUGGUGGCGGGGACGCCAGUAGUAACAGCACUGAUUUAUUUAAUGAGCAUCAACUAGAUGAAUAUUUUUCGUUCCUUGAUGAUUUCUCUCCAAAAAAUGAAGAGUUUGUGGACCCAAGGUUUCAAUUGGAUGGUUUAACUAUGAAUAAUGUAGAUAGCCAGUUGCAUAGGAGGAGAUUCUCCGAGAGUGAUGCGUGCUUUGGUAUUGAAGAUGGGGGUUUUGGAAUUGGUCAUAGACCGUGUAUGUAUUUUGCUAGAGGUUUCUGCAAGAAUGGGGACAGUUGCAAGUUUGUUCAUGGUGGCUUUGAUGGUGACAACAUUCCUGAGGUUAGUGGUGGCAGUGUAAUCGGGGGUUCCCUGAGGGAAAUGAAUGGUCUUUAUUUGCAACAACAUGAAGAAAUGCUGAGAAUCAAGGCUGCCCAACAGCAGCAAAGGUUGGCUUACAGCAAGUACAUGAAUUUUCUUUUGCAGCAAGAGAGUGAUCCCCAAAGAAUUGGGGCAGCAUCAGUGAUGAUGGGUGAUGAAUUUCACAGGUUUGGCCAGUUCCAUUCUGAAAGGAAUGACCUUUUGGUAAUGGCAAUGGAAGAAAAGGCAAACUCGGCUUCCAGGCAGAUCUAUUUGACGUUCCCAGCCGACAGCAGUUUCAAAGAUGAAGAUGUAUCAAAUUAUUUUAGCUCUUUCGGACCAGUUCAAGAUGUCAGGAUUCCAUAUCAGCAGAAGCGGAUGUUUGGAUUUGUUACCUUUGUCCAUCCAGAGACUGUAAAGCUUAUAUUGUCUAGGGGGAACCCUCAUUUUAUUUGUGAUUCGCGUGUUCUUGUUAAGCCAUAUAAGGAAAAAGGAAAAAUUGCAAACAAGAGGCAACAACUAAUGGAUAGGGGGGAUUUUUCACCGUGUUCUAGCCCUUCUGGGCUUGACCCUAGAGAACUAUAUGAUCUUCAAUUUGGAGCAAGAGUGCUCUACAAUACACAGGAGAUGAUGCUGAGAAGAAAGCUUGAGCAGCAGGCUGAGCUUCAACAAGCAAUUGAGCUCCAAGGGAGAAGGUUGAUUAAUCUGCAACUUCCAGAUUUGAGGGGGGAUUAUAUUCACCAUCACCAGCGAAGUAUGUCGGCUGGUGCAUCAGUUACUUUACCCCCUCAUGCUUCUGCUAAUAUCAAUCGAACUCUUACUUCUGAUGUCAAGAAUCAGGAUGUCAUAGAAGACAAGGGUGAUAGCUCAGUUGCUGCCAUUGGCUCUACUAUUGCUGUUGCUGAACAAACCCUUCAGCAUGAAUUUAAUCAAGCUUGUAUUCAGAGCAAAGAUACCAUCAAUGGUGAGGACAGACUUGAUCCUGAAAAAUGUGGUACCAAUGAAUGUUGUGGGAGGGUUAUAGAGCAUGGUCUUCCUGAUAGUCCCUUUUCUUCAACUAAAAAAUCAUUGGGCAAUCAAGGUGAAUUUUCCCCUCCUUUGGCAGAAGUUAAAGAAAGCACAGAGUUCUCUGCCACUUCAUAUUCUGAAAUUAGUGCAUCACUUCCCAAUUCUACUAGUGAUAUGGCUUUCAUUGAUAAUGUGAAAUACUAAGAAAAAUAGAGCACAUACAAAGAAGAUCCUGUAGAUGUAUAGCCCAAUUAUACCAGCACCAAAUGGUAGAUCUGUAAAGAAUAUCUCAGCAAGAUUGCCGUCAUCAUCAUGAUCAUCAAUACGAUACUACUAACAGCAAAAGCAUAUUUACAUACAUAAUGAACUGAUGAACAAAUUUGAGUAGGGUUUCUUUUUGUUACUUUUUGCUCUUUUGUAGGCUAUGUUGUGGACCACAGACUGAAAUAGAACUAAAGAGAAUGACUCUUGUUACAAUGUCAAGUGUACAUCUUAGCAACA